UGGAGUGAUAAUAUGUCGAUCUCGUUCGUUUCCGAAGCCUAAGUGGCUGCGCAUAGCGGAGUUUGUAGUUUUUUCUAUAUUUCAAUGAAUUAAAAAUCGUCUUUUAUUUAGAUUUUAUAAGAUUUAUUUUAUUAUGAAUAAUGGAAUGUACUCAUUUAUUAGAUAACGUCAAAGUGGAUAAGAAUUCCAUCUUUCAGGACGGCACUAUCACAAAGAACUUCAAAUGUUCAGAAUGUACAACACCAGAACAAAAUUGGCUGUGCCUCCAAUGUGGGGUUGUCAAUUGUGGUCGCUACGUGAAAGGGCAUGCACAGUCCCAUGCAGAGGCUGCCAAUCACUACUUAUGCAUGAGCUGUGAUGCAUAUUCAGUAUACUGCUAUAAAUGUGACGAUUACAUUAGCAAUGAUAUGGACAAUGAGAUAAUAUCGGAAUUGAGACGAAGUUUGAUGCAUUCCGGUGGACAUGAUGGAGAUGACAACAGUGAGCCGAGUAAAGAAGAAAACGAGGACAGGGAUGAAUUGAACAGUCGUUUAUUUGACAGUAUUAUGAAUGAUACACCAUUGUCAAUAGACAGCAGAGAGAAUAGGAUAUCGGAUGUGACGCCCUCUAGCAGUGGCAGUGAAAUAGUUAGUGAAAGUACUGGAAUUACUAACACUCCAGAUAUACCGGAUAUUUAUGAUAAGCCGAUAAAGCCAGCGAAGAAUACGGAAGAACCCGUACGAAACCUAAGGUUACGAUCACGUAAACGAUCUCAUUCUGAUGAUAGCAGUUCCAUAGACACGAAUCAGCACAAAACUAAAGAGAAAAAGAUGUCACCAUGCAAUGGAAAGACACAGCGAGAAAAGAAAAUACUCGGCUUAAAGAAUCUAGGGAAUACAUGUUUUAUGAACGCUGUGUUACAAAGUUUGAACAAUAUACAAGAGUUUAGCUGCUAUUUCAGUCAGCUACCAUCUCUAGAGAUGAAAACUAACGGCAGAAAAGUAUAUCAUUCCAGGAGUUAUACACGGCAGGAAAUGCAUGAUGUGAUUAUGGCUGAAGAAUUGAGAAAAGUUUUGAUAAACUUGAACGCGGGUGGAUGUGGUUCAAAAGGCGCCAUAUCUCCGGAAUGCCUGUUCCUUGUUAUCUGGAAGGUGGUGCCGAGGUUCCGGGGCUAUCAACAGCAAGAUGCACAUGAGUUCCUGAGAUAUGUGCUGGAUAGAUUGCACACGGAGCUGCAGCAGCUGUUGCCGGAGCGCGCAGAGCGCUCGCCCGCCGCCUCCAUCGUGACGGCGGUGUUCGGCGGCACGCUGCAGAGCGAAGUGCGUUGCCUCGCUUGCGGUACUGAGAGCAAGAAGUUCGAUCCGUUCCUGGAUUUAUCUCUCGAGUUACCGGAGGCUGGCCGCCAUGACGCUCCCGUCUCGUUGGCUGAAUGCUUGGCGAGUUUCGUACAGGUGGAGGAGCUGGCUGACACGGAACGGUACUACUGCAGCAGCUGCAAGUGCAAGCAGAAGUCCACCAAGCAGUUCUGGAUCCGCCGACUGCCCAAUGUCCUCUGCCUGCAUCUCAAGAGGUUCCGAUGGCAUAAUUACUUCAGGACAAAAGUGGAUACGAGCAUAUCGUUCCCGCUGCGCGCGCUGGACAUGUCGCGCUUCGUGCCCGGCUCUCCGCCGCGCGACCAUCUCUACGACCUCGCCGCUGUCAUCGUGCACCACGGCUCCGGAGCGGGAUCAGGACAUUACACCGCGUUCGCCAUCAAUGAGGAGCAAUGGUUCCACUUCAACGACCAGACUGUGCGCGCCAGUGACGCGGCCGCCGUCGCCUCCUGCAAGCCUUACAUACUGUUCUACAUACGUCGCGAGCUCGCCCUGCCCGCACCGCCAGCUCUGCCCGCACUGCCCUCCUGACACACACAGGUAUAAACUAUGGAUUUAUAUUUUAUCUGUGGCAUUAUCACCUAUUGAUUGUCAAUUUCAUCAUCAUCAGCUCACUAUAAGUCCCCACUGAGGGGCUCGGAGACUAAGUUAGGGUUGACUAGGCCAUAGUCA